AUGGUUAAUGAACAAUCACGGUUUGAACAAUUACUUUUAAGAAUGAUUGUUUCUAAUGCACUAUCUUUUACAUUUGUUGAGAAUGAAGAUACUAUUGCAGUGUUUGAGUUUUUAGUACCAGGACUUAAAUUACCUAAACGUAAAGUUAUAGGUAGCAGAGUAUUAAUGAAUAGUUCAAAAUUGUUACAAGAUAACAUAAUUAAAACUGCAAAGAAUGAUAUGGAUAGGGUGACUGCAAUAUUUGACAAUUGGACCAAUUUACAAAAAAACACAGCUCGAUUAUAUGAAGUUCUUCGUUGCUUUGGAUAUAUAAUGAAAAUAUUUGAAUAUCAAGAAGAUUUUGAAUUUGAAACAAGAAUGAAAGCACGUAUUGAAUCAUUUGCUAAUCUAUCGUGGACACAUAUUGGGCAAUGGCUUAAAUAUUAUUAUGAGGCAUGGUUUAAUUGUAAACCCGUGUCUAUUUUAGCUGAAUUAAUAAAAUAUAAACAGGAAAUUGAUCCAUAUGAUUCAGAGUCAUUUAAACAAUUUAAAGGAAAUUUGAUGGAUUUUUGGGAAUCAACUGAAGGAGUAGGUCCAGAAUUAGCACGAGCAGCAAUUCAUGUUCAUGGAAUUUGCAUUAACUCUGCAUCUGUAGAAUGUUUGUGGUCUUCUAUGGGGUUAUUACAUUCUAAUCGCAGAGCCUGGUUGCAG